GCGCCCAUCGAAUCAUCACUCGGUUCGAAACGUGUGUUCGAGCCUCUGAGACAGAGAGGGAGACACCGAGACAGAGGAAGAGAGAGGGAAAAAUCUCAAAACACGACAACGUCGUCGUUCAGCAAAUGCCAAUAUUUUCUUGAAGAUCUCUAUUACCUUCCGUUCUCUCUCGGUCGGUUGAUUCCGUACUUGAAAGAAUCACUCGCUUCCCUUUUUACAUGGCCUACUAUUUUUAGCUCAAUAGAAGGAACCAGGAGAGAAAUCUCUGUUGGUUUUCAUUACUGUCUACAUCUUUAAUAAGAGUUCAUUUUUUGGAACUUAAUUCUCUUGGGCAGUUGUCUCUAUCGUUUUCCAUUGCUUAAAACUCAGUUGGGCUGUUGUAUUUUCCCAAAUGUAUGUAAUUUUUAGUGGAACUGAGAAGUGAGAGGGCUUCUGAGAGAAGUGGAAUCAUGAGGUCUUCUCGGAUUUUCGGUUUCGUUGUCCUUCUUUUAACUGUUAGAUGGGUAUACGGUUUUGAGGAUUUAAAUGUGACAGAAGUUUCUUAUGUGGAGGGUUAUGGUUAUGGGGUAUCUGCUAAUCCUUUGAUGGUGGGUCUCACUCUCAUUCAAGGUGCUGCUGCAAAAGGAGCUGUCUGCUUGGAUGGAACUCUACCCGGGUACCACUUGCAUCGUGGAUAUGGAUCAGGAGCAAGAAGCUGGCUCAUACAAUUGGAGGGUGGAGGCUGGUGCAAUACUAUUAGAAACUGUGUUUACAGGAAAACAACUCGCCGGGGUUCAUCAACAUAUAUGGAAAAGCAGAUACCAUUUACUGGAAUAUUGAGCAACAAAGCUGAAGAAAAUCCUGAUUUUUUCAAUUGGAAUAGAGUAAAAGUUCGCUAUUGUGACGGUGCAUCAUUUAGCGGGGACAGCCAAGAUGAGGUUGCAAAACUUUAUUUCCAAGGACAGCGCAUCUGGUUAGCUGCCAUGGAAGAUUUAAUGUCAAAAGGAAUGCGAUAUGCCAACCAGGCUCUUCUUUCUGGAUGCUCUGCUGGAGGUCUAGCAUCUAUACUACAUUGCGAUGAGUUUCGGGAGCUAUUUCCAAGAACCACAAAAGUGAAGUGCCUAAGUGAUGCUGGACUAUUCCUUGAUGCGGUUGAUGUGUCUGGUGGCCGCACUCUAAGAAAUAUGUAUGGAGGAGUGGUCAGCUUGCAGGGAGUGCAGAAGAACUUGCCAAGCACUUGUCUUAACCACCUGGAUCCAACUUCGUGUUUCUUCCCUCAGAACUUGAUUGCCAACAUUCAGACACCACUUUUUCUUCUGAAUGCAGCCUACGAUGCAUGGCAGCUCCAGGCCAGUUUAGCUCCACCAUCAGCUGAUCCUCAUGGUUAUUGGCGUGGAUGUAAAUUGAAUCAUGCACAAUGCACUGCAUCACAGAUCCAAUUUUUGCAAGGCUUCAGGAAUCAAAUGCUCAAUGCUAUCAAGGGGUUUUCAAUGUCCAGGAAAAAUGGGUUGUUCAUAAAUUCAUGUUUUGCACAUUGCCAGACUGAAAGACAAGAUACAUGGUUUGCAGAUGAUUCUCCCCUUAUUGGAAACAAGGGGAUUGCACAAUCUGUUGGGGAUUGGUAUUUUGAUCGCGCAGGAGUCAGGGCAAUUGAUUGUGAGUAUCCUUGUGACAAGACCUGUCAUAAUCUGGUGUUCAAGUGAGAGAUUACGAAUAGGCCCUUCCUUUGUGGUUUCUUUGUGGUUUAUAAUUGCUAAGGUAUUUAUAUCAUUCAAUGGAACUUGGUAUGGAUAAUAAUGGCAGAGCAUAUCUGAAAGGGCAUUGGCAAUUGCAAAAGCUAUGCUAAGAGGUGUCUCUGCACCUGGUAUUUUAUGCCAGAUCUUCAUUUCCUCCCUCUCAAAUUAGGGAUUUAUUUCCAUUGAUAUGUGCUUGGUAUAUUCAUAUAGUUGGAGUACAAUGAAUGGAUGCUUGAAAUUUAUUAUUAUGACUAAAAGGCAAACACAGAGGGCGCCUUCAAUUA